AUGGAUUUCAAGAACUUUGGCAAGAACCUUUCGGACUUUGGCGCGCAAAUCACGCCAUUUGCGUCGCGCACCUUUCAGUUCACCAAGGAGCAGUUUGGACAGGCAGAUGACAAGACUCAGCUGCCACCCGACUACAUUGAUCUGGAGAAGCGGGUGGACGCCUUGAAGCAGGCCCACCAGAAGAUGCUAGCUGUGACCUCCCAAUUCUCGAACGAGGCCUACGACUACCCCCCCAACAUCAAGGAGACUUUCCAGGACCUCGGUCGCACCGUGAGCGAGAAAGUCACUCUUCUUUCUGCCGCGACAUCUACGACCGAAGCCCAAGCCGCUCUGGUUGCCCCCCCUUCGGCCAAGCCCCAACCCAAGACCUUUAGCCAUGCUAUUGCACGCGCCAGUCUGUCUAGCAGUCAGCUCGUGCACCAGAACCACACUGGGGCAAGCGAAGACCCCUUGGCCACUGCCCUCGAGAAAUACGCCCUCGUGAUGGAGCGUGUCGGAGAGGCUCGCCUCGUCCAGGAUUCUCAGAUCCAGAGUCGCUUUCUUGCCGGCUGGAAUACGACUCUCAACACCAACCUCAUGUUCGCGACGCGCGCCAGGAAGAACGUUGAGAAAUCGAGGCUCUCGCUCGACGCUGUCAAAGCCCAUGCUAAGGAGCUUAGCCCAGAGGCUCAAGAGGAGAUUGAAAAGGCCGAGGACGAGUUUGUCACCCAAACUGAGGAGGCUGUCGGCGUCAUGAAAAAUGUUUUAGACUCCCCCGAACCGCUUCGCAACCUCUCCGAGCUCCUCGCCGCACAGAUCGAGUAUCACAAGAAGGCUUACGAGGUUCUGAACGAGCUCGCGCCUGCCAUUGAUGGGUUGCAGACCGAGCAGGAAGCUAGCUACCGCAAGAGUCGUGAGGAAGCUUCUUAG